CUUCCGCUUUGCAUCCCUUUUGGCCCCCGCGACUCGCCAUCGUCCGUGCGGAGGCGUCCGCUAGUUGAAGUGAUGGCGACUGGAACGCCCGAUUCUCAAGCACGGUUUGGUCAGUCCGUGAAGGGGCUUCUCACGGAGAAGGUGAACACCUGUGGUACUGACGUGAUCGCGCUCACCAAGCAGGUGCUGAAGGGCUCCCGGAGCUCCGAGCUGCUAGGUCAGGCAGCUCGAAACAUGGUACUACAGGAAGAUGCCAUCUUGCACUCAGAAGAUAGUUUAAGGAAAAUGGCAAUAAUAACAACACAUCUUCAGUACCAGCAAGAAGCUAUUCAGAAGAAUGUUGAACAGUCAUCAGAUCUACAAGACCAGUUGAAUCAUCUGUUGAAAUAAAAUGGCAUAUAAGAGCACAAUAGCACUUCUUUGCCUAAUGCUGAGGAGGAAAUAUCUUACACAACCAUAAUGCUGUGGGUUUAGUUUUCUAUUUUCUUCUCUAAAAGUUAAGUUAUCAAAGAUUUGUGUUGAUGUACAGUUUCUCCUGAAAAGAAGCUAGGUGGGGGCUGAAUUUUGGAAACACUUCUUGAAUUGGACUAACCCAUCCUCUUACUGAAUUUCUUAAGUUGCUCUGUCUAAUUGUUUAAACUAAAAGACAUCUUAGUUUUUCCUAUAGAAUUUUUUUUAGACAGGAUCUUGCUGUGUUGUCUAGGCUGAUCUGGAACUCCUGGCCUCAACCUCCCUAGUAGCUGGGAUUAUAGGUGCCAGCCACUGUGCCCAGUUUUAGAACUUUUAAUGUGUCAAAAGCCAUAUUUUCUAAAUUGCAAUACUUAAGCAAAUACUGAGUAUCAAACAUGGAGCUAUUGUGAACAUAUGAGAAUGAUUAAUAUUCUUUUUAAAGACUAUUAAAAUUUUAAUCAUUCAUUCAGGAAAUAUUUUAAUUUGAUGGUCACCAAAUGGUUGUUUUCUUUUCUAGUAACUCAGAGGAGAUACUUAUUUUAUUUGUUGUAGCAAAUUCCUAAAUGAAAAUUAGGCAAGUGGUAUCAUAUCUGGCCAGCUGCAGCCUCUUGCCUUGACCUGCAUUCCUAGGGUUUCUUUAUUGUUGUUAUUCUUGAUUAAGUGACCUUGGGUUCAUUUUGUACUUUUACUAAUCAUCAGCAAAUUCAUUUGUAUGAUGUUACUGCCAAAUGUGAAGGCAAUUGAUCGAUUAUGAGUUAUGAGUGAUUGUGGCAUGGGAUUGUGCAAUGGUGAAAUCCUUAACAUUUGGAUUUGUUUAUGCUUGUUGAAUUCAUCUUGUUAAAUGAUAUUACCAUGAGUCUGUUGUCAAAGCUGAAUAUCUUUGUUUGAAUUUAAAAUGGAACUCUAUCUCGUUCUAGUUCAGGUCUUCACUUAGUCAGGGAAUUGAGAGAAAGCUAACAUAAGAAAAUAGUGUUUUCACUGAAAG